AUGUCCAGGCCAGGAAACAGAGCAGAUAAGGGCGAUGACAAGGCAGACCGGUGUGGCCGAGGGAGCUGGUGGCUGGGGACGCUUAAAGACACACCGCUCCCAGGCGUCUACCACAUUCGAGACUUUAUCGAGGAAGCCAACCUGAACCCUGUGAGACAAACCUAUGGCUUCAAAAAUGUAGGGAGAAAAGCUCUGACACUCAGUGUAUGUAAGGGAGACCUCCUCCUGCCCGGAGCGUACGACUACACGGAUUUCACUCAAGAGGUCCUGAAGCACCCGGCGUCAUACUCUUUCAAAAACUGCCCACGACCCGACAUCCUCACCCUGGGAAUCAGAGACAAGCACAUAAACACGUCACCCUGUGACUACGACGUGUCAGCCAAGCCGGCGGAGAAGAUCCCCUGCAAGCAUGCAAUGUUUCGGUCCACCGUGCAACGGAUCAGCUUUCCACCUAGAGAAGGACCUGCGCCGUGGACCUACGAACCCCAGAGCGUACCAUCUAAAGGCGUCACCUCCUGCUUCAAGUCCACGCUGCCUCGGCUGCCCACCGUACACUCAAAGACUCCAGGACCAGGGUACUAUGAGCCUCACUGGAAGUGGUCUGACUACGGAGGUCAUCGGCCCCUCAUUUAAAGACGUUUUGUCUGGACUUCAUUCCCAC